AAGCUUGCACAUGUAACAGGAUGGGUUUUGGUGUUUCUGGUAUUUCUGUGCACAAUCUGGAGAACUCCAGCCUACCCAGAAACUCUGUAUAAAGAUCAGAUGAGUAAAGUGCGCCUUCCCUGCCAGUCCCAGAUCACAAAGGAGCCAGUUACAGUCAUAUGGAAAAAGACACCUGGUAGUAAAAUACUUUUCUUUAACGAAAGAAGUCACACUAAUGAUGAUAAAUAUUCACUGGGUAGAAAAUAUCGAGACGAUUGGACCCUGGUGAUAGACACGCUUCUGAAGAGGCAUGAGGGGGACUACGUGUGUCUGCAGAUUUCUCGUGGUGUAAGAACCACCCUCAAGGAGUACACACUCCGCCUGAAUGGUCCACCUCAAAUACCACCAAGUACACCUUGGUCAAUAAAAAGAUCGGUAAAAGAGGGUGACACAGUGGAUUUGUGGUGUAACGUGUCGAGCCCAACAAAGCCUUACAUCCACUGGUUCACACAAGAAAGUGGACAAUUAUAUCCGAUCCAUGUCAGCGGUCCACUUCUACAAAUCCGUAACAUAUCCAGAUUCUGUGCCACAAAACAUGUCUGCCUCGCCGAGAACGAAUACUCAGAGAGUCCCAUUAAUAUGACGUUUGAUACUGAAGUGAAAUUUGCGGCGCAGAUACUUUUAUAUGAUGCAAGACCCAUCAAAAAAGAUUUACGAUCGACUACACUCUUCAGAAAAAGUGAUGUCGAAGUGAUAUUACGAUGUGACGUCAUGGCAUCGCCUGACAUUGAGAUAUUCUGGAAGUUCCGAAAAUGUAAUAAUUCUGAACUCCAAGAACUUGCAUCCUACACAUCAGGAAAGGGGAUCUCAAAGACAAAUAUCACGGAAAAUAUUUAUAGAUUCAAAAUUAAUCAUGUCCCAGAGAAGAGCGUGACAAUGUUUGAUAUAAUUUUUACAACGAGUCAGAACUUGACCUUCUCUACUUAUGUAUGUGAGGCGGAGAGCGAUAAAUUCCCGAGCGAGAAGAAGAGCAUCGCUGUUGUGCAGCGACGAUAGAUCGAACUUCAUCUAACGGAGAUUCCAGAAAAUGAGAUGAGCCCUGUCGUUGAGAAUAGACUCGAACUUCAUAAAUGCACUAUCUUAUUAAUUUAAUGUAAUUACAUUAAGUGUAAUUACAUGCACACGAGGUUGUACAUUAAAUGUUGACCAUUGUUGGAAAUAAAAGAAAAAAGUUUG